AUGUGCAACGGCGAAUCAUCGAGGACCAGUCAAGGCGGCCUAGUCGCCAUACUUCAUCCACUAUACGACUCCCCAAAGACAUCUCACAAGGCGAUACCGAGCCAAAAAUGGCACUUGUUCUUUAACGAUAUCCAGAGUGGGCAGACGGACUCGACCAUGGUGCAGUUCUCGCAGGGACUGGAUCUAAUGACUGCAUCACGUGCUUCGAGGGUGGACAUACACCAUGAUGGCGAUCUUUCUCGGUCGAGUUCGCCAACCACCUCUGUAGCCGAGACACCCCUCUACUCGUUCUCAGUACGGCCAGAAGACCUGUGGAAGACGACAGGCGGAGCCGAGAUGGGUAUAUCCCCGCGGCUUCCUCUCGAAGUUGGAGGGGAUGGUAUUGUAGGGCGUCGGGUGGCUGUUGUUUCCGAGACGCAGUCUGGCGAGACCCGCAUCGCGGAAGGCAUUAUUGGAUGGAACUAG